AAUCCAAGCCGCCCCUCAAGCUGCGGAGAGAAGCGUUCCGGGUUGCCUGUCCCCGGAAGUGAUGUUCGAAAGGCCCUCCCCCCGGAAGUGACGAAGGGAGUGCCCUUGACUGGCGGGGAGGGCCGGGCAGUGCAUCCCUCCGCUCUGGCUGCAGGGAGAUGGCUCAGCGACUUCUCCUGAGGAGGUUCCUGGCCUCCGUCAUCUCCAGGAAGCCCCCUCAGGGUCGAUGGGCACCUCUCACCUGCAGGGCCCUGCAGUGCAGCCCUGGUCACCUGACAGCAACACCCACCCAAGCCCGGUCAAUAUACACCACCAGAGUCUGCACGACAACCUUCAACAUCCAGGAUGGACCUGACUUUCAAGACCGAGUUGUCAACAGUGAAACACCAGUGGUUGUGGACUUCCAUGCACAGUGGUGUGGCCCAUGCAAGAUCCUGGGGCCCAGGUUAGAGAAGGUGGUGGCCAAGCAGCAUGGGAAAGUGGUGAUGGCCAAGGUGGAUAUUGAUGACCACACAGACCUCGCCCUGGAAUAUGAGGUGUCCGCUGUGCCCACUGUGCUGGCCAUCAAGAAUGGGGACGUGGUGGACAAAUUCGUGGGUAUCAAGGACGAGGACCAGCUGGAGGCCUUCCUGAAGAAGCUGAUUGGCUGACAAGCAGGAAAGAGGCCUGGCUGCCCUUGCCCACCAGGGCCCCUGCAGUUCGAGGAGGGGCCCCGCGAGAACUCUGAGCCCUUCCGUGUUGGCCCUUCCUGCCUCCUCCCUUUUGCCCGGCCCCCAUGGGCCCGUGCUUUGGAGACCAGGCCCCCAAACAUGGGUGCCCAGCUAACCUCCAGGGUGGCUACCCGGGGAAUGGUGCUGCCACUGACCUGGGGACAGCCAUCUCCUACCCACUGUCUUGUCUGCUCCCACUAGGGCUUGUCUCUGUCCUCCCAGGAUGCUGGAGAGAGCCCCAGGCCAGCCCACAGUGCCCCGUGCCGGGUGACAGCUCGGUCCACGUCACCCUGGUCCCUUCUGAUCUGCACCCUGGUGCCUGGCCCGUCUGUCUCCUGCGUUUUUCUUUCCUGCUGCUGUUUUGUAAAAAGGAAGAAGGAAAAAGAAACCCAAACAAGGGAGAGUAAUAUAUAAUUCUCUCAUUUUUUGUAGGUCUGUAAUAAAGAACUUUAUGUGAUCCCUUCUACCUCCUGCUCUGAAGAACAGACCCUGGGCCCCACGCUAAAUUACCCUGUAGCCACCCCCCCCAGAGCCACGUCCCUUCCUUCUUCCCAGGCGCCAGGGCAGAGAACACAUGGGCAGGGGGAGGGGGGGGUCCCAGACCCCUGUCCCUGGGAAGCCUCACUGUGAACAACCUGGACCAAUAAAGCUAGGGUUUGCACUGUU